UUUAAAAGCUAAAAGUAAGUGCUUAUGGCAUUUUAAUUUCCUGUGUUAGCAGAAGUCUAUUUAUUAUUAAUUCCCUUGGUCUCUCAACUUAAUUUAAAGGCAAUUAACAAUGUAGUAAAUGAAAAGAGAAAAUACAACUGAUUUUUUUUUCAUUGUAAUUUUGUUCUUGCAUAAGGUAAUUUUGUCUGAAUUGCUUGAUACAGAAAUUUCACAUACUGUUGUAGGAUUUUUAUAUUCACAUCCAAAUAUUGGUAGAGGUGGACUCUCCUCCUUCCUUUAUAUCUGUAGAACUUUAAGGCAAGAAAAAAAAAAUUCUUAGUGAUACCCUGUACUUAAACGGUAGAUUAGUUGCUUUACAUGGCAGUUUUCUAAAACUUCUAUUAAUGAUGCAGCCAACUUUUGUGCAGUAUGACCCAAUUUAUUAAAUGCUUCUCACAGAAACUUGAGAUAAAUGCUUUAUAAAAUUGGCAAUUUUUUUUACUUGAUUUUCUUAGAAUCUUAAUGUUUCAGGGGAAUUACGCAUAUGUAACUGUAUGAAAUGUGUUGAGUAGUAGCAUCUAAUUUUAGGUUCCAUACUAUCUUGUUGAUCUUAAAUAUAGGAUAAGCCAUUUGAAAUGAAAUAGGUUGGGUCAUUGCUUUCAAAAUUACAUGAAACUAGAAUGACUUUAUUAGUCAUUAAUUAAAAAAUCAGUUGUACAACUACAAGUAAAAGGUAUUCUGAAAGAAACAAUUUGCUAAAUGUUUGUAUGUGAUUCAUCUUAUCUCUACCAUAUUUAGGAAGCAGUCAUGUUUCAUGAGUCCUCAAAACUGUGAGACAAGAGAAUGUAGUAGAGUGAGGCCAGAAGUCCUUACUGGCUCAAAGAACUCCAGGGAAACUGGGAUAGAACAUUUUACAUUAUAAGUAGAAUCCCAGGAGCCAGAGGUGAAACACAAGUUUAUCUGCAGAGCUUCGCUGCAGGGCUGAUCUGGGUCUGGAAGAAAUGGAUGAGAGCCACUGGAUGAAAUUCACUAAUACUAGACACCUGAGCCCUCUAAGAUUUGUGAAUGAACUUUGCUAAGUAUGGAUUCAGGCUGUGGAAGUCUUGGAUUGCACACAUCAGACUCUAGAAUGGCCCAUACCAUGAUUAUGCAGGAUUUUGUGGCUGGAAUGGCUGGUACUGCGCAUAUCGAUGGAGACCAUAUUGUUGUUUCAGUUCCUGAGGCUGUUUUAGUUUCUGAUGUUGUCACAGAUGAUGGGAUAGCUCUCGAUCAUGGUCUUGCAGCUGAAGUUGUCCAUGGGCCUGAUAUCAUCACUGAAACUGAUGUAGUAACAGAAGGUGUGAUUGUUCCUGAAGCUGUACUUGAAGCUGAUGUUGCCAUUGAAGAGGAUUUAGAGGAAGAUGAUGGUGAUCACAUUUUGGCUUCUGAGCUAAUUACAGAAACCGUUAGAGUACCUGAACAGGUUUUUGUUGCUGAUCUUGUUACUGGCCCUGAUGGACACUUAGAACAUGUGGUCCAAGAUUGCAUUUCAGGAGUUGACUCUCCCACAAUGGUAUCAGAGGAGGUUCUUGUAACAAAUUCAGAUACAGAAACUGUUAUUCAAACAACUGGUGGUGUUCCCGGUUCUACAGUUACUAUUAAAACUGAGGAAGAUGAAGAUGACGAUGAUGAUGAUGAUGUUGAUGUCAAGAGCACUUCUGAGGACUACUUAAUGAUAUCUUUGGAUGAUGUUGGGGAAAAAUUAGAUCAUAUGGGGAACACACCAUUAAAAAUUGGCAGUGAUGGUUCACAAGAAGAUGUUAAAGAAGAUGGAUUUGGUUCAGAAGUAAUAAAAGUGUAUAUAUUUAAAGCAGAGGCUGAAGAUGAUGUUGAAAUAGGGGGAACCGAAAUUGUCACUGAGAGUGAAUACACCAAUGGACAUUCUGUUACUGGAGUGCUUGACCAGAGCCGAAUACAACGGGAGAAGAUGGUUUAUAUGGCAGUUAAAGAUUCUUCUCAAGAAGAAGAUGAUAUCAGUUGCGCUGAAAUAGCAGAUGAAGUUUACAUGGAAGUCAUUGUAGGGGAAGAGGAAGGAACUUCUCUCCCUGAGACUCAGCUUGAGGACUCUGAUGUUAAUAAAACAGUUGUCCCUGUUGUCUGGGCUGCGGCAUAUGGAGACGAAAGAAGAGUUUCCCGUAGGUAUGAAGAUUGCCAAGGAUCAGGAAGGAGACUUUUUCUUAUGAUAAAGUGGCCAAGUGUUUUGUUUCUAUCUUUAAGAGGAAAUACUUUGGAUUCAACACUAGAAAACAGAAGUAGUACAACAGCACAGUACCUUCAGAUUUGUGAAAGCAUUAAUACAAAUAAAGUACUUAAACAAAAAGCCAAGAAGAGGAGAAGAGGAGAAACUAGGCAAUGGCAAACAGCUGUUAUAAUAGGUCCUGAUGGACAGCCCCUGACAGUAUAUCCUUGCCAUAUUUGCACAAAAAAGUUUAAAUCCAGGGGAUUCUUGAAAAGACACAUGAAGAAUCAUCCUGAUCAUUUGAGAAAAAAAUAUCAGUGUACAGAUUGUGACUUUACAACUAACAAGAAAGUGAGUUUUCAUAACCACUUAGAAAGCCAUAAGCUUAUAAACAAAGUUGACAAAACCCAUGAAUUUACAGAAUACACACGAAGAUACAGAGAGGCUAGUCCACUGAGUUCAAAUAAGCUUAUACUAAGAGACAAGGAGCCGAAGAUACACAAGUGCAAAUACUGUGACUAUGAAACUGCAGAACAAGGACUGUUAAACAGACAUUUACUGGCUGUUCACAGCAAGAAUUUUCCUCAUGUUUGUGUUGAGUGUGGGAAGGGCUUUCGACAUCCUUCUGAACUCAAAAAGCAUAUGAGAACCCAUACUGGUGAAAAGCCAUAUCAGUGUCAGUAUUGUAUCUUCAGGUGUGCAGAUCAGUCAAAUCUGAAAACUCAUAUUAAGUCUAAGCAUGGUAGCAAUUUGCCGUAUAAAUGUGAGCAUUGCCCCCAGGCAUUUGGUGAUGAGAGGGAGCUUCAGCGUCAUCUGGAUUUGUUUCAAGGACAUAAGACACACCAGUGUCCUCAUUGUGACCAUAAGAGCACCAAUUCAAGUGACCUUAAGCGGCACAUCAUAUCUGUCCAUACUAAGGAUUUUCCUCACAAAUGUGAGGUUUGCGAUAAAGGUUUCCAUCGUCCUUCUGAGCUCAAAAAGCAUAGUGAUAUCCAUAAGGGUAGGAAGAUUCAUCAGUGUAGACACUGUGACUUUAAAACAUCAGAUCCAUUUAUUCUUAGUGGUCAUAUCCUUUCAGUUCAUACUAAGGAUCAGACAUUGAAGUGUAAAAGAUGCAAGAGAGGGUUCAGACAACAAAAUGAGCUCAAAAAGCAUAUGAAGACCCAUACUGGAAGGAAGAUUUACCAAUGUGAGUAUUGUGAAUAUAGCACUACAGAUGCAUCUGGCUUUAAACGACAUGUGAUAUCAAUACAUACAAAAGACUACCCACACAGGUGUGAAUUCUGCAAGAAGGGAUUCCGAAGACCAUCAGAAAAAAAUCAGCAUAUUAUGAGGCACCACAAAGAGGCUCUUCUGUAAUAAGAUCACUAUAAAGAAAAGCUAUUUUGAAAAUUUGAUAUUUUGAUAUCAAAUUUGGUAGUUGGGAGGAAAAUUGCACAAACUAUUUCAUCUGGUUACAAAGCUUGAUAUUAAAUCAUAACUUUACACUAUUUGUAUUAAAGAUCUUAAAUAUUUGAAUUGACAGGGGAUGUAGCUGUUUGAAAAUACUUAAAGAAUUUAAGAACCAUAGAAUGGUUGUGGAAAAACAUGUAUAUUUAAUAGUAUUAUAUGCAUAAUUAAACUUAAGAAAGAAAAGGCAAAGACAACUACUUUAUUUGGCUAAUCAUAUUAGGGACAUAUGUUUCUGAAAAGAGCAUACAUAAUUGAGGAGUUUAUCAAUGCUUUGCUAUGGCAAGCAAGCCUCACUUUUAUGCAAUUUUAGGAACAGAGUGAGGAAAUUAAAAGCAGACAUUUACCAGUCAUUGAGCCUUUUGUAUGGUACCUGGAAAUUAAAUUACAUAAAUGGAAAAAAUUUUGUGUAUUCAUUAAAAUAAAUUUCACUGGAAAACACGUUAGACUAAUUCAGUGCUAUUAAAAAAUUCAGAGCUGCUAAGAUUUUAUCACAGGAUAGGAUGUUUAAAAUAUAACAUUCUGUGCUAAAGUCUAAGGUGAAGUAUGUGGAUUAAAGUUCCCUUUUUUUCUGAUGUUCAAGUUGAUUGUUUUUCAGUAUGGCAUAUAUAACAAAACAGAUAUUUUGAUUCAAAUAUGGCUUUCUAAAAUGGAUGCAACAAUACUGUUGCAAACUAAGUUAGCACUAUAUUUCUUAAUGAUCUAAAAUUUAAAUUGAGAGAACACAGUUUUCUUAAAUAUAAUGUUUAGAGAGUUGUUUUUUUUUUUAGGACAGUCUUAGCAAGUAUGACUGUUCUGAUCUUACUUGUUCUAAUGUUUAAAGGUGCAAUUUUAUGCCAUUAUUGAAAUUUUUGAUUUUAAAAAUCUAUAUACCAUUUUAUUAACAUGCAUUUUUCAGUAUGGCAGUAUUUAUGCAGUAUUAAUGAAACAAUUAUGCUGCCAAUAGACUUUGGAGGUGGAUAUUCAGUUUACAGUGUAUAAAUUUAAAAUAUGCAUCCCUUUAAACAACGCUUUGUGUUAGCAUGCUGCAUAUCAAAAUGGCGCUUAAUAUAAAAAGCAGGUUUAGGGAAAUUUAUUGAAAAUCUUGUUCUUAAAUGUAAUGCAUAUGAUGUGUACUUUUAAGUUUUAGUUGCUUCAUGUUUACACUCAGCUGUUCAACAUAAUUAAAAUGUAAUUUUACUUCAUGCUAUAUUGUGGCUUUGUGUUUCAAAUAAUGUUCACCUUUCUGUUUUUGCACCAGAUAAGAAUCAGUUUCUGGAGAAUAAAUUUUUUAUCUUUCUUAACUUCAGAGUAUUAAAUUUGGAAUAUCUAAAAUUGUGUGUUAUGUGGCUGUAAAUGAUGUACACACUGCAAAAUAAAAUUGUCACUGUUAUGUGGGAUUAUUAUUUCUAAAUGUUACUCAUUGAAAUGAGCAUAUAAUAAAAAGCAUUUAUUGCAUUU